AUGAAGAUCUACCCAAAAUGCGAACACAUCGAAGUCUCAAUGAUCACAUCCUCCCUAUUCGGCAUCUUUCCCUCUCAGUUCAUGUUUCAAUCAAACGCAACUCUUCAAAAAUAUUACAAAAUCUACGCUUACGUGAUCGCCGCUUACUUUAGCGCCCUUAUAACGACUCAAUACAUGGAACUUUACGUUAUCAUCGAAAAGUACGGAAUGAAAAUGGACGCCAUUUCCGCCAAUUUAACCCUUACUUUAUUAUAUACGAUUGUUGACAUCAGACAGUUUAUUAUUAAAUUUAAUCCGAGGUUUAGGAACCUUAUUGGGUCGAUGAUAAAGCAGGAGGCUUUAAUUUUGGGUAGCAAGGAUAACGCGAUUAUCAGCAUCUAUAAAAACUAUGCGAAAGCGACCCGAAAGAGAUCGAUGCUCUAUGUUUCCGUUAUCGCUUUCAUAGCAAUGCAGUACUUUCUAAGACCAUUGUUUCUCCAAAUAAAGUAUCAAGUGGGUAAUGAAACGAUAUCAGUAAAAUCCUUACCUCUCUCUACAUGGAUACCUUUUGAUAUACAAGCCCAUUAUUUGUCAGCGUACCUCUGGCAACUAGUAUUUGGAUUAAUUGGAGCGUCGUCUAUAAUGUGCACGGAUAUUUUCAUGUAUAAUCUGAUCUCUUAUCCCUGCGGACAGUUACAGAUCAUGCAUUACAUUUUGAAAAAUUUCGAGCAAUAUCAGGACAAGUGUAAGAGGUUGAGUGGGAUUUCUAGCGAAGAACUUGCCGGCUGUAUGACUUUUUAUAUGAUUAUUGAGGAACACAAGAAAAUUAUCCAAUUUGUUAACGAUUUCAACAGCACCUUAAGCAUGUCGAUGGUGUUUGAUUUUCUGCAGAGCUCUUUGCAAAUCGCUUCUGUGAUAUCACAAAUAAUUGGGAAUCCCCUCACGUACGACUUGUUUUUGUUUGUUUUCUCAAGUUUCUCUGGUAUGCUUUUGAGGCUAAUUUUAUACUACUACUAUGCGAACGACGUUAUUCUGUUGGUAAUUUUGUCCAAGUUUUCACUGUAAUAAUAUUAUUGGCUUCUGUAUUUGAAGAGUACCGACCUUUCUACGGCACUGUGGCAAAGCAAGUGGUACAACCAAGCAGCAAAAAUUAAAUAUAUGAUGCUGAUCUUUAUAAUGAAAACUAAAAAGCCUUUGGAGUUUAAUAUUGGUCCUUUUAGCGUUUUGUCUUUGAA